GCGACGGUGGAAGAGACUGUGUUUCGCGACAAGGCGGUGGAGUCCCCGAGGCAGAUCUCCCAGGAGCAUACUCCUGUGGCUCUGGAAGCUCGUUUUGCACCUCUGGUGAAACGCCUGGGCGAGUGGCUAUUGGUUCACUUCUCGCACAUCUGCCUGUGGUUUGUGCAGCGUUUGCUAUCCCAGGGCUUCAAAUGCUCUCAAAGCAGAAAUUAAACAAUACUUUUUCGUUCCUUGUGCUCAGAUGACACACCAAUGGUACGACGUGCUGCUGCUUCCAAGUUGGGUGAAUUUGCAAAAGUUUUGGAAUUAGACAGUGUGAAAAGUGAAAUUGUUCCGUUGUUGACUCAUCUAGCUUCAGAUGAACAGGAUUCAGUGCGCCUCCUACCUGUGGAAGCUUGUGUCAGUAUUGCUCAGUUACUGUCUCAGGAUGACCUUGAGGCUUUGGGGAUGCCCACCCUUCGACAAGCAGCGGAAGAUAAAUCCUGGCGAGUUCGCUAUAUGGUAGCUAACAAAUUUUCAGAGCUCCAGAAAGCUGUGGGUCCUAAAAUCACCGUAAAUGACCUCAUCCCCGCCUUUCAGAACCUACUUCAAGACUGCGAAGCUGAGGUCCGAGCAGCUGCUGCCCACAAAGUCAGAGAACUUUGUGAGAACUUGCCCACUGAAGGCAGAGAGACCAUCAUUACGAAUCAAAUUCUGCCCUAUAGAAAGGAAUUAGUGUGUGAUACAAAUCAAUAUGUCAAAUCAGCUCUAGCUUCUGUAAUUAUGGGAUUGUCUACAAUUUUGGGCAAAGAGAAUACUAUUGAACAUCUUUUACUUCUUUUUUUAGCUCAGUUAAAGGAUGAGUGUCCUGAAGUUUGUUUGAAUAUCAUCUCCAAUUUAGACUGUGUAAAUGAAGUGAUUGGCAACCAUCAGCUCUCUCAGUUUCUCCUUCCUGCCAUCGUGGAGCUGGCUGAAGAUGCCAAGUGGAGGGUCCGGCUGGCCAUCAUUGAGUACAUGCCUCUGCUGGUGGGCCAGCUGGGCAUGGAAUUCUUUGAGGAAAAGCUGAAUUCUUUAUGUAUGGCCUGGCUUAUGGACCAUGUAUAUGCCAUCUGUGAAGCCGCCAUCAGCAACCUCAUGAAACUAGUUCAGAAGUUUGGUACAGAGUGGGCCCAAAAUACCAUUGUUCCCAAAGUGUUAGUAAUGGCAAAAUGAUCCUAAUUACUUGCAUAGAAUGACUACUUUAUUCUGCAUUAACGCACUGUCCGAAGCCUAUGGUCAAGAAAUAACCACUAAACAGAUGCUGCGCAUCGUAUUGAAAAUGGCAGGAGACCAAGUAGCGAAUGUUUCAA